AUGGUGGUCGCCGUGGCGAAUGCCGCCGCCGCCGCCGCCCCCACCGCCGUCACGGCCGCCGACGCCGAUUCCCCUGCAUCCGUCCUGGAGGACGAGAAAAUGCCCGAGGCCAAGGACGAGAGAAACGCCGGCGAUUUGAAGCGCGAGGCCACCGCAGAUCAGUUACUGAACUCCGUCAGAGAGGACGGCGACGCGGGCCUCCUCGUGACGGAGGUGAUGGCCAAGGAGGAAGAGGAGCUGUACCAGGCCCGGCUCAAGGCAGAGGAAGAGGAGGAGGCCAGGAGGAGAGAAGCUCGGAAGGCUUUUGAUCCGAACGAGCGGUUCAGCAAGUUGGACGAGCUGCUGACAAAGACACAGCUGUUUUCUGAAUUCCUGCUUGAGAGGAUGGAGCAGAUCACAGAUAAAGCUGUUGAAGUUAAAGAUGAAGAGGAACCUGUCGAAGAGCAGAAGAAAGGGCGCGGCAGAAAGAGGAAAGCAAAGGCUAAGCAAAAGUACAACGAUAAGAAGGCUAAGACAGCAGUCGCAGCCAUGCUUACAAGAUCGCGUGAAGACCGUACUGCUGAUGAUAGUACUCUCACUGAAGAAGAAAGGUGGGAGAAAGAGCAAGCCAAUCUUGUUCCAUUAUUGACUGGAGGAAAGUUGAAAUCUUACCAGAUAAAGGGUAUUAAGUGGUUAAUAUCGCUGUGGCAAAACGGCCUAAAUGGAAUACUAGCUGAUCAAAUGGGCCUCGGGAAAACAAUCCAGACAAUUGGAUUUCUUGCCCAUCUCAAAGGAAAUGGUAUGGACGGUCCGUACAUGGUUAUUGCUCCCCUUUCUACUCUGUCAAACUGGUUAAAUGAGUUAUCAAGAUUUGCUCCAUCUCUGAUUGGUCUGAUUUAUCAUGGAGAUAAAGUGGCUCGGGCAGAGCUAAGGAGGAAAUUCAUGCCCAAAAAAGUUGGCCCUAAUUUUCCGAUAAUAAUCACUUCAUUUGAGAUGGCCAUGUUUGAUGCAAAACUUCUUGCUAAUUACCAGUGGAAGUAUGUUGUUGUCGAUGAGGGGCAUCGGUUGAAAAAUACUAAUUGUAAAUUAUUGAGGGAGCUAAGGCGCAUUCCGAUGGAGAAUAAGCUCCUUCUGACUGGGACACCUCUUCAGAAUAACCUAGCAGAGCUGUGGUCACUACUGAACUUCAUUUUGCCUGAUAUAUUUUCAUCCCAUCAGGAAUUUGAGUCAUGGUUUGAUUUUUCUGGGAAGGGAGAUGGGGAACAACAGGAAGAAACUGAUGAGAACAAAAGAGUCCUUGUUGUCUCAAAGCUUCAUGCCAUUUUGCGUCCAUUCCUUCUAAGGCGGAUGAAGGAGGAUGUAGAACACAUGCUUCCACGAAAGAAAGAGAUAAUCAUUUAUGCUAAUAUGACUGAACAUCAGAAACAAAUACAGAAUCACUUGGUUGAGAGGACAUUCGACAACUACUUGCAUGAGAACACAGAUAUUGUUUUGCGGAGACCUGGCAUCAAGACGAAGCUAAAUAAUCUACUCAUUCAGCUCAGGAAAAAUUGUGGCCACCCUGAUCUUUUGGAUGCUGCAUUCGACACAAGCUACUUCUAUCCACCUGUUGAAAAGCUUCUCGAACAAUGUGGCAAAUUUCAGCUGUUGGAUAGGUUACUGGAUGCUCUACUCAAACGAAAUCACAAGGUCCUUAUAUUUUCGCAGUGGACAAAAGUUUUGGACAUCCUUGACUAUUAUUUGGAUACAAAAGGCCUGAAGGUUUGCCGAAUUGAUGGUAAUGUUAAGCUGGAAGAUAGGAGGAAGCAGAUAGCGGAGUUUAAUGACUUGAACAGUGGUCUGAACAUCUUCAUUCUAAGCACGCGUGCUGGUGGGCUUGGUAUCAACCUUACUUCUGCUGAUACUUGCAUCCUGUAUGACAGUGACUGGAACCCUCAGAUGGAUUUACAGGCUAUGGAUCGAUGCCACCGCAUUGGUCAAACAAAACCGGUUCAUGUUUAUCGUCUGGCAACAUCGAAUUCUGUUGAGGGUCGGAUUAUCAAGAGAGCUUUUGGAAAGCUGAAGCUAGAGCACGUGGUGAUUGGGAAGGGACAGUUUCAACAAGAUGCCGCCAAGCCUAACGCCUUAGAUGAGGCGGAGCUGCUGGCGCUGCUGAGAGAUGAGCAGGGCGAGGAAGACAGGUUGAUCCAGACGGAUAUCAGUGACGAGGACCUUCUGAAGGUGAUGGACCGGAGCGACCUGACCGGCCCUGCUGCGGCUGCCAGUGCCGCCCCUCUUGUCCCUCUGAAAGGGCCUGGCUGGGAGGUGGUGCUGGCCUCGAAGAGCGGUGGCGGCAUGCUCUCGGCGCUCACCAGCUGA